AUGGCAGCAGUGCUCAUCUACAUGAUGCUGAUUGGGGACUUCUUUGCAGACAUCGCGCAGUCCCCUCUAUUCGGAUAUGCGGACGUCCCACGCCAGCACCUCAUCCUGGCCUCGCUGGUUUGCGUAUUUCCGCUCUCCAUUCCUCGGAAUGUCACGGCGCUGAGAUACAUCUCCUUCUUGAGUACAGGCGUCAUCGUAUUUCUGACUGCAGUGGUCGUGGCCAAAAUGCCAGCGCAUGUCCUCGCGACACCAACCUAUGCAGCAGAACCUGCUUGGCAAGCGGGUGGGCGGCUCCAGACUGCCCUUCUGAUCCGAAUGGCAGGCUUUUGGAACGAAUGUUUCGCCUAUACGAAGAAAGGUUUGACAGAAGUCUUGCAAUCCUUUGCCAUGGCUCUGUUUUCGUUCAAUGCGCACACCAACGCAGUUCCUGUGGCCAUGGCUUUGGAUCAGCCUCGUGCGGUGCGCAUUUGGCAGGUCUCGUUCCUUUCGGUGUUCAUUGAGUUUGUAAUUUAUGCCUCGAUCGCCACAGCUGGUUAUUUGUCCUUUGGGGCCUCGACGAAGCAAGACUUCAUUCGCAAUUACCCGGCUGAUGACGGCUGGAUGCUACUGGUCCGCUGCGUGUACUCGGUGCCCGUGAUUUUCGGGGUGCCGAUCAACUUGUCCCCAGCGGCCGCCUCUAUCCAAGCUUUGGCGGGCCGGCUCUUCUGGCCCCAGUUCCGACGGCAGGCCAGCGACCCGCAGCCGGGGUCUUGGAGAUCGACGUGUCGGCGUGCCUGUGUCGUCGGAGCAGUAUUGCUGUGCAGCGCGUCCCUGGCCAUUUGCUGUGAGGCGUUCGCGGAUGUGAUUGGCUUGUUCGGGGCCCUGUUCGGCACUGUGAUCUGCCUCGUGUGGCCUCUGCGGAUCUACCAGCGAGUCAUGAAGAAUUUGCAUUCUCCGGUGCUCUCGACAGCUGUAUCUGUGGCGUUGACGGCGGCAUCCCUUCUCGGAAUGGUGGCUUUUCUCGAUCAGUGUGCGCGAGUGUUUCAUUUCUUUUGA